GUCGCGUUUUGUUUGGCUGAGCAGACUUACGCAAAAAGUGGAGGAGCUCUGCGUUUCCUCUUCUUAAAGGAUUAAGGAGAGUGAUGGCCACCAGGUGGGGAGACGUGCUUCAGUCCCGGCGACACAGAACUGCUAUUACGGACUAAACUAGGGCAGCGCACAGAAAAUCACUCUGCAGCACAGCUAUUAAUCAGUAAAGUCUUGGAAACUCUACUUUAAACUUGAAUCGAGCUCUCUCUUUCGAGCCUUUACGGCUCGUAGCUAAAAAUCUUCUUUUUUUUUUCCCCACGGCGUCGGACUUCAGGGGAGAUAUUUCAUUUUAUCUUCCUUUUCAGCGGAAGACAUGUCCCAGCGGUCAAGUGGAGAUCAAUAAGGCAUAUCUUCUGAAGGGACCGUCAGAAAAGAGUCGCUCUGCCGCUGUUGUUGUUGUUGCUGGGUUUUUUUUUUUCCGCUCUCCGUUAACUCCACAUUUUCUCGUGUUGCUUUCCAGAGCCGUUUAGUCUAGCGGUAGAAAUGACGACUGAAACUCCACAGCAGCAACUGGAUCCGCCGCCGCCUUUAAGAUCGAGCCCGGCCUCGGGCGUCCUGCAUUCCGCCCUCAUGAGCACACAGUCCGCCGUGGACAGCGCGACAGCCUCUUCCAAAGGUAAAAAAGCCAGCUCGGGACUCAGGCGCCCCGAGAAGCCCCCGUACUCGUACAUCGCCCUCAUCGUCAUGGCGAUCCAGAGCUCGCCCACCAAGCGGCUGACGCUCAGCGAGAUCUACCAGUUCCUCCAGGCGCGGUUCCCCUUCUUCCGAGGAUCCUACCAGGGCUGGAAGAACUCCGUCCGUCACAACCUGUCGUUGAACGAGUGCUUCAUCAAACUGCCCAAGGGCCUGGGCCGGCCCGGCAAGGGGCACUACUGGACCAUCGAUCCAGCGAGCGAGUUCAUGUUCGAGGAAGGCUCCUUUCGGCGCCGACCCAGGGGAUUCCGGAGAAAGUGCCAAGCCUUAAAGCCCAUGUACCGGAUGAUGAAUGGCAUCGGAUUUGGCGCUUCGAUACUGCCGCAGAGCUUCGAUUUCCAGGCGCCCUCGGCCUCUCUGGCAUGCCACACCAACGGCUACAACCUAGACAUGAUGACUAAUUCCAUGGCCGGGAGCUACGAGGGGCUCGGCGGCGGACACCAUGUCACCCACAUGUCCCCCAGCCCCGGGUCCACGUACAUGGCGAGCUGCCCAGUGACGGCUAACGGAGACUACGGCCCUGAAAACAGCAGCAGCCCCGUGCCCUCCUCACCCGCGAUGGCCAGUGCCCUGGAGUGCCACUCGCCCUACGCGAGUACGUCUACACACUGGGCUUCGCCGGGGGGCUCGCCGUACAUUAAGCAGCAAACCCUGGCUUCCAGCAACCCGACGUCUUCCAGUUUACAUUCAAGCAUGUCUUCCUACUCCCUGGAACAAAGCUAUCUUCAUCAAAACGCCAGGGAAGCGGCUGACAUUUCAGUGGGAAUACCUCGAUACCAAACCCAUUCUUCGCCGGUGUGCGACAGGAAGGAUUUUGUUUUGAACUUUAACGGGAUCUCCUCAUUCCACCCAUCGGCCAGUGGAUCUUACUACCACCACCAUCAUCACCACCACCACCAUCAAACCGUCUGCCAGGACAUCAAACCUUGUGUCAUGUGAAAAAGAGACGUUGGUGAUACGGGCAUUCCGUUCUCUGACCCACCCCGCCUCAUUGUCCAUCUGCGGAAAGUUCCUCAGUGUGGUUUCGUGGGCACGGAAGGUGUAUUAUAGUUUAAGACUUCCUCCAUUUGACAAUAGUCACGUCUUCACACCCACGCUUUUGAAUGAAAGCUGAGGGAAAACGAAUUCCGGUCGGAGCUCUAUGUUCAGGUGAAAGCAGAAUGGCUUUAAUUACGCUUAGUACACUUGAGGAGUAGGGCUUUAUUCUGAAAAUACAUUUAAACUUUGGCUUUCCACAUUAAAGCCUGUAGAUGUUUUGAAUUAAUAUGAGCAUUAAUGCGUGCAAACUUUACACAGUGGCAUUUUGGAAAGAAUGCGAAUAAAAUCUAGCACGGUUUAGUUUAACUAGCAAAAACGAAGCACUACAAAGCCAUUUAAAAAACAAGGGAAAGUAAAAACUUACAACGCUCUUUGUCAACGGACCACUUCACGUUACAGUACUUCUUAUUUUAUUAAUGCUGUUGACGAAAAUUUGUAUGCUUCUUUUAAAGAAGUUUUCGAUGUAUAUCAUGUUUAAUUUCAAAGUUAUGUUUUGUGCCAAAGAUUUGUUACGUGAACUAUAUUCGAAGGUAUAAAAAUAUACACUUAGGCCUACACAAAGCUUUUUUAAAAUAUUAUUGUGGACAUAUUUUGCACUUAUUGUAUAUCCUACCCUCCAAGUCUGCCAAAAUAUUCCUGAU